AUGAGUGCCACCAAGGCCCAGUCUCAAAAGAUCUUUGAGAAAUUAAAGGCGAAGCCUGCGAACAAGGUAGCCUCAACAAAUCUCCCCGUCUCCAUGCCACUGAUCCUAACGUGUCCCCCUCAGAUAUGUUUUGACUGCGGCCAAAAGAAUCCAACGUGGUCAUCUGUGCCCUUCGGAGUCUACCUAUGCCUCGAUUGCUCCUCGAAUCACCGAAAUCUCGGCGUGCACAUUUCCUUUGUCAGGUCAACAAACUUGGACGUAUGGCAAUGGGGCCAAUUACGGACUAUGAAAGUCGGAGGCAACGAGUCCGCCACGAAAUUCUUCCAAUCCAACGGGGGCAGCGCAGCUCUUGCCAGCAAGGAUGCCAAAGUCAAAUACACUUCCAACGCCGCGAACAAGUACAAAGAAGAGCUGAAGCGUAGAGCAGCAAGAGAUGCAGAAGAAUAUCCCAACGAAGUAGUCAUCACAGACGAGGCUCUUCCCACUCCUGCUGAAGGAUCUGCGACAUCCACAGGCGAGCAAGGCGACGACUUCUUUUCCUCCUGGGAUAAACCAAGCAUCAAGAGGCCUAGUAAUCCUCCUUCACGAAGUGGAACUCCACCCGUCGUUUCUCGCACAGCUUCGCCCUUCCUCUCCACGGGCGGCGCGAAUGGCUUGGCAGCUCGACCCAAGUCACCAUUGAAUGGCGCUGGCACUGACUCGGAAACCGCCCUCCCAGCUCCGACCGCCAUCCGUACGACAUCUUCCUCCGCUAUCCGCAAAGGUCCUGCCAGUGUCGGGGCAAAACGGACCAACGUACUUGGGGCCAAAAAGACACAAAAGCUGGGCGCAAAGAAGGUUGUCGGUGAAGAAAUCGAUUUUGAGGCCGCUGAAAAGGCCGCAAAAGCUGAAGCAGAGAGGAUAGAGAAGCUUGGAUAUGAUCCCGAAGCUGAGAAUGCGGAGCAAUUGGCAAAGAACAAGUCUUCCUCAUUCGGCGCGACAGUCAAGGACGCCUCUGCGCCUUCGCCAACCUCACAGUCAGGCCCGGCCGCCCAUACACGCAGUCCCAGCGAGAUCGAGCGACUGGGAAUGGGAAUGGGCAGACUCGGCUUCGGACAGAUUGGGUCAAAAGGGGGUGCCGCCGGUACUUCCUCUACAGCACCAGCGCCGAAGAAACUUGGCUUUGGCAGUGUCGGUGCGAGCAAAGCACCCGUUGAAGACGAUUCAGAGCAAUACGCACGGCAGAAAUUUGGCACUCAGAAAGGCAUCUCGUCCGACGAGUUCUUUGGACGCGGCACAUUCGACGCCAACGCCCAAGCCGAGGCCAAGACGCGUCUCCAAGGGUUCGAGGGUGCGACGAGUAUCUCGUCCAACGCCUACUUUGGCCGUCCCGAGGAUGACGUGACUGGGCUCGAGGGCGGCGACUACGGCGAUCUCGAAACCGCAGCCAAGGACUUUGUUCGCAAACUUGGCCUCACGGCCGGCGAUGACCUUGAGAAUCUGAUCAACGUGGCCGGUGAAGGUGGGAGGAAAUUGAGAGGUGCUGUCGCACGGUACCUGAACAGUUAG